AUGUCGAAUGCGGUUGACAAGGUCGACGUUCUUAUUAUCGGAGCAGGUCCAGCAGGCCUGACAGCGGCAAAUUGCUUCAACGGCAGCAAUGGAUUACGAGUGCGGGUAAUUGACAAAAAAUCUGGAAGCGUGGAAACCGGCAAAGCAGAUGGACUGAAAAGCAUUUCUCUCGAGGUCCUCGAUACUUUUGGGAUCGGUGAUACAAUCCGAAUUGAAUCUCAUCGCGUGGAAGAAGUUGUACUUUGGGAAGCUGAUGGACAGGGGGGAGUUGAGCGGUCCGUAACCGUUGCAGACCGGGUUCCAGAGCUUGGAAAACCAAGGGAGAUGACUUUGGAUCAGGGUCGAAUCGAGCAUCACCUACUCGCAAACCUUGAGCGAUACGGAAAUGUUGAGGUUUCUUGGCGGAUGCAGCCUGUCAACAUGCAAAUAAAUCACCGACUGGUUGAAGAUCCCCUUGCAUAUCCCAUGACCGUAGCCACGAAGGUGGAGCUGGAGGGAAAUUUCCAGACACAAAUAAUACAGGCCCGAUAUGUAAUUGCCUGUGAUGGAGCUCGUAGUUGGACAAGAAAACAUCUGAAUAUCCCUCUCAGGGGCGAUCUCACAGAUUCAACAUGGGGUGUGAUGGACGCUGUGCCAAAAACUAAUUUCCCUGAUAUCCGCAAGGUGUGUGUCGUUCAUUCGGCGCAAGGCACAAUCAUGGCGGUCCCUCGUGAGAAGAAGCUGGUUCGUUUUUAUAUCGCGAUGGAUGGAACUGAUUUGGAUGUUCCAACUGCCUUGUUCCAAAAGACCUUGACCGUUGAUCACGUGGUGGAUGCUGCGCGCUCCAUUUUCCAUCCAUAUACUUUUGACGUGGGUGAGGUUGCGUGGUGGUCAGCAUACCAGGUUGGUCAACGCGUCGCAGACAAAUUUUCCAAGGAUGAUCGUGUCUUUCUUGCCGGUGAUGCAGUCCCUUAUAAUAUUGGUUGGAAAUUACGGUUCUACCUCGAACAAAAAUGUUCAAGAUCUCUUCUUACAACCUACGAACAGGAAAGGAGGCCCAUCGCCCAGCAGCUGAUUGACUUUGAUCGCGAAUAUCUUGAACUAUUCGCCAAUCCCAAUCUGCAUUUCAAUGACUUCUUGAUCGCGUACAUAACGGCCAUGAGGUUCACCACCGGCAUUGGGAUUAAAUAUGCACCUUCUUUGAUUGUCCAAUCUCCUCACCUAGAAAUAAAAGCCGACAAUCCAGAAAUGGCUCUCGCACCCGGAAUGCGAUUACCUGAUUUCCAGAUGGUCAAUCAAGCAGACGGCGUACCGACAACUCUCUAUCACCGACUCACUAUGAAUGGUCAUUUCCGUCUUUUAAUUUUGGCAGGAAAUCUCUCAAUGGAGCCGGUGUACCAUGAAUUUCUGGAGUUUGGGAAGUGGUUGAAUGGUUUCCUGCGAAUAAACCCAGAAAUUGAGGCAAUAACCCUUCAUUCCAGCAAGCGGGACAGUAUUGAAUUGAUGGAUUUACCUGAAGUUUUCCACCCAUGGAAUGAUGCUGAUGGUUGGGACUACUCCAGAGUCUACGCCGAUGACGAAAGCUAUCAUGAUGGCUAUGGACAGGCUUAUAAACGCUGUGGUAUGAAACAGAAUGAUAAAUGCGUGGUUAUCAUGCGACCAGACGGUUAUGCAAGUCUUAUUUGUCGGAUGGAACAUACCACCCAGAUUUCGACUUUUUUCGAAGAUCUUUCUCUAGGAGCAUAUGAGGGUAUCAUUCGUUCUACUAGACUAUAA